UUAAAUAUAUACGCACACAUAUACAUAUAUAUAAAGAUGUACACGUUUGUGGCACGGGAUGAGAACAGCAGCGUCUACGCGGAAGUCUCCAAAAUCCUGCUUUCCACCGGACAAUGGAAGAGGCUGAAAAAGGACAACCCCAGGUUUAACCUCAUGUUGGGGGAGAGGAACAGGCUGCCCUUUGGGAGACUGGGUCACGAACCUGGACUUGUGCAGCUGGUGAACUAUUACAGAGGAGCUGAUAAGCUUUGUCGCAAAGCUUCUUUAGUGAAACUAAUCAAGACAAGUCCUGAAUUAGCAGAAUCUUGCACGUGGUUCCCGGAGUCGUAUGUGAUUUACCCAACUAAUCUCAAGACUCCAGUGGCACCAGCGCAGAAUGGGACCCAUCAUUUGAUAAACAACCCAAGAACGGAUGAAAGGGAGGUUUUCCUGGCAUCCUAUCAGAAGAGGAAAGAAAGCGGAGAGGGAAGUGUGUGGAUAGCCAAAUCUUCGGCGGGGGCCAAAGGUGAAGGAAUUCUUAUUUCUUCGGAGGCUACUGAACUUCUGGACUUCAUAGAUAAUCAAGGACAAGUGCAUGUGAUUCAGAAAUACCUUGAGAAGCCUAUGCUCUUAGAACCAGGUCACCGCAAAUUUGAUAUUAGAAGCUGGGUGCUAGUGGAUCACCAGUAUAAUAUCUACCUCUACAGAGAAGGCGUUCUACGGACCUCUUCAGAACCUUACAAUAGUGCUAAUUUCCUAGACAAAACCUGCCAUUUGACCAAUCACUGCAUACAGAAGGAAUAUUCAAAGAACUAUGGGAGAUAUGAAGAAGGGAAUGAGAUGUUUUUUGAGGAGUUUAAUCAGUAUCUGAUGAGCGCUUUGAACAUUACUCUGGAAAACACAAUCUUAUUGCAAGUCAAAAAUAUAAUAAGAAGCUGCCUUAUGUGUAUAGAACCCGCUAUCAGCACCAAACACCUUCACUACCAGAGUUUCCAGCUCUUUGGCUUUGACUUCAUGGUGGAUGAAGACUUGAAGGUUUGGCUGAUCGAAGUGAAUGGUGCCCCUGCGUGUGCCCAGAAACUUUAUGCAGAGCUAUGCCAAGGUAUAGUGGAUGUAGCCAUCUCUAGUGUCUUUCCUCUUUGUGACACUCCACAGAAGCAGAGCCAGGAACCAAUAUUUAUUAAGUUGUGAUGAUGAUCACAUUAAAAA